UCACUUUCUGAUUACUAGAAAUCAGGAGGACGUUUCAAGAGUGAAAGUACCGACACAGAUGUGUUUACAUAAAUUAAGAUUAUAUUACUUUUGAUCUGGUAUUUGACGAACCUCUCGUCCAAAAGUGAUUGUGACUAGUUUGUUUAUUAUCUGUGUUGGUUGACGUCGUGACAGUAUUAGGCGUGUCAGUAUUUGACGUCCCACUCAGUCAACACUCAUCUAAACAGUGACUGUUUCUCUGUGGGUCUUACCUGGCAGCGUAAUAAAGGUUGAUAAACAGCAGCGGAUCAGAGCAGAGGACAGCAAAUCCUGUUUCCCUACAGCAGCAUCAGUGUGACAAGUAUGAGUCAGGCAAGGACAAUGAGUUUGGAAAAGCCAAACAGGAGCCUCUCACCAGAUGCAGCAUGUGCCCUUACAAAGUGGAGGACGGCGACAUUCUUCACCAUUCUGACUGGGAAUACUCUGCCGACUCAUGAGGAAAUCAAUCGCUGUCUCACUACAAAAGGUUUAACUGUAGUGACGUCACUAGAGGAGAGUGAUGUCAUCCUGGCUUUCUGUCCCAUUGUCUCUCGUGCUGGGACUGAUAUUGAAGCAGCACUGGAGCAGAUUCCAGCUGGUAAACCUGUCAUCCUGGUAGUGCUGCAUCACACCUUAGAUCCAGACUACACUGUACCUAACAGUAGCAGACUAGUGACCAGAGGUGAUGAAAUACUCACAGUGGACUGUCUCUUCCAUGAGAACCAGGGACUACUGGAGUGUCCUCGCAAUGAAGAAGCAAUUCUAAAGAUUCUGGACAGGACAAAAAUACAGCCAAAGAAUGAUGAGGUCUGGGAACUAAUCAGAGAAGAAGAAGCCAGUGAUGCCCCUGAGCAGGAAAACCUAGAGGCAAGGACAAUGAGUUUGGAAGAGCAAAUCAGGGGCCUCUCACCAGUUGCAGCAUCUGCCCUUGCAAGAGCUAGAAUUAAAGAGGACAUUGAUAUUCAAGAGUUAACAAGAGAUGAUCUGAACGAACUUCUGCCAGGCCUUGAGCAUUUCAAACUUAGGAAGAAGAUCAGUGAACUUCUAACCCAAUCUAAACAGGACACAGAUAAACCUAUCGAUUUCAUUCUUAACGAGAUUAGGAAAUUCCUUCUAGCUGUUGUCAUGAAGAAUGCACUUGUUCCUGAGGGAGUGUUACAUGGCUACGUCCCUAUUCUUAAAGAUUUGAAGAAGCAGCUGGCCAAAGCCGUGCACUUCAUUCAGGAACACAUUGAACUGCUUGAGAGCUACAAUAAAGAAGAGCCCAUGGAGGCUGAGGGCAAUGUUGUGUUCCCAUCAGCUGACUCUGCUACAGCAGGAAACCAGCUAUCCAAUGUUGCAGUACAUAAGCAAUCUGUUGAAGGCGCUUCAGAACGACCAGCCUUAGGUGCUGUAGACCCCAAACGACCAAGAACAGAUCUACCCACCAGUGAUAGUUCCUCAUCAGUACCUGGUAACAUCCAGGCCCCAAAAGAAAAGGAAGGAAAAGAACCUGGAAGUUGGAAUUUUUUCAGCAGAUCUGUAACAAAACAUUUGCCGGAAGUUAAAGUCUAUUCCCAAGUGUGUGGAAAAACCCUGAACGCUCACCUUGCACUCAUGAAACAAGUGGAGGAUCUGGGACUUAAACGAAAGGAGACCAGUGUAGAGGACUGCCAAGUCAUAAUGGUCUUCUGUCCUGUUGUAUCUCGUGUGGGAACUGACAUUGAGGCUGCCAUGAGCCAAGUUCCAGGUAACACAGAUGCCAUUCUAGUGGUGAUGCACCAUACCUUUGAUCGCUACUUUGUCACAGAGCAGAGAUCUGCAUCUCACUACAACAACGUAGUAGAGAAAGUUCAUGUUCUCUUCCAUGACUCUGUGGGACUUCUGCAUUGUAAAACAAAUGAUAUUGCAGUGACUCUCAUACAUAAGGCCUUACUGAAAUACAACAGCAGUCCUUAGACAUUAAGCGCCCCAUUGUGGCAACACAAAGUGUUUGAAGUCUGUAACAAGAUUACAACUCCACCAACAUUAUUUAAAAACCUACAUUUCUACAACUUCCACCCAGGGCUUUGGUGACUCAUUCUAGUUUAGAAGAAAGCUUAUCACAAUCUGUGUAGUGAGCCAAAUUAAAUAUUAUCUUGAUUCUCAAGUACAAAACUAGACUUCUCUCUGUAGAACCUCUGUUGUGAGUGAAUCUUUAAAGAUAAGAUACCUCAUAUGUAUUUGUGAAUUUCAGCUUGUUCUACUUUUAGUAUUAGAAGCACUUAUAGUUUGAGGUGUUUUCUACUGUUACAUUAUGCCUCAAUCAUGAGAAUGUGUUUAUGAAUGUUUAAUCUUAUUCUAUGAGAAUAAAUCAAGUACAAGUGUUGCAUAAAAUAUUGAAUAAUUUUAA